AUGUACCUGUACGUGCUCCUGGCUUCUGUGUCAUGGGUCUUGGAAAGCCAUUCCGCCCCGAUGAAGAUAGUCAGUGGGUCUACCCAGGACAAUCACACGGCAGUCUGUGCUGAGAUUGAGAAAGAACUCAUGGCUGACAACAUUACAUACAAGGGUUCCUUCGAAAGGCCUCAGAACACCAGUGAGGAACUCUGCUAUGGGAAGUUUAUAGAGGGCUUCAUCUCUACCCUGAAUAACAUCUCUACGAAACACAAGAAUGACUGUCACAUAGAAAAAGUCUGUAAGAACAUGAGGCAACUCACCGAAAUCUGCCCAAAGCUGAAACUAACAGGACACAACUGUAUUACUGAGAAAAGUAACUUCUCAAAGUUCAAAGAAGCUUUACAGAGUGUUGUCAUAUCUAUAGAAGGAUGGAAAUCUUGUAAAAGGAUCAAGGGCAUCCUCUGA